GCUCUCCAGUGCAAAAGUGAUACAUUUUAUAUAGGAUAAAUUAAGAAUGGUUCUUGUAUCACUACGUAUUAUUUUCUGAGUUUGUAGUGAACUAUUGUUCCUGCAGUUAGCAGAGCUGUUAAUGAAACGACAAAAGUAAGCACUUAGCCCACGUUUAAACUCUGUGAACCAUGGCACUGAAAGAUUGUGUCAUGGUCAGUUUAUGAUCUGUGGAUGUAGGAUUCCUUGUUCAUCGCUUUCACAAGGUUUGGAAAUAUUUUUUUAAAAAGGUCAAAAAUGCAGGGAAAAGAUCCUGAGAUACAGUGCCCAUACAAUAAGAGCCAUGUUAUUCGUACAUCAAGAAUGCAGGUACAUCUUAUUAAAUGCAAGCGAAAUUACCCAUUGGCAGAAAAAAUGGUUUGUCCAUUCAAUGCUGUACAUCAUGUUGACAAACCAGAUUAUCAGUACCAUGUUAGUACAUGUCCAGACCGAAGGGUCAUAGAAGGGCAUAAAUAUGAAGUUCAAGAGUCUGUGCAUGGUGAUCUCCAACUGGCCCCAUACAAUGAACCAGAACUUCCUAUACCUGAAGAAAACUGGGAUGCUGAAACUCAAGCUACAACAUAUGAUCCAUCAGAACGUAUUGAAGCAGCACCUAUAGUACGGAUGCUUAAUGGAGCGACAAAGUCUGAGAGGAAAGCCUUCCGCCUGAGAGAAAGGCUGCGCUUGCAGCGUUUAAAGGAUGGAGAUACACAUGAUGAUGCUUCAGCUCCUGGUGGCUCUCAGUCUGGACCUUCAGUUACUGAAGAUGUCAUGCAACCAUUACGCCUGCCACGUAAGACUUCAGAAGCACUGCGACUGUUGAAUCCGAACAUGGGUCUGGGACGUGGAAUAAAUCCAAACAGGACUGAGGAAGUGGCUCCAGGAGGGAGAUCUCUUGCGGAGGGAUCCAGCCUAGAGUUGGGACAAGGUCCAUCGACUGACAUUGAAAUUCCCAUUCCCAAUGGAAUUGGAAGAGGAAGGCCUCUUUGAAAUUUCAAGUAAUGGUGUUUUUUUAGGUUGUAGACAGUUUUAAAUACUUAAAAAUGCUGGUUUACUUGUUUCUGUCGUACAGUGGAUGGUUAAGGACUGUUUAACUCAAAUACAUAAAAGUACUCAUUUACUUCUCUGAAGGAUUUAAUGAAAUUACGGUAAGGUAGGUGACUCAGAAUAUUUCUGUUGUGGAAAGCCAUAAGCUGAUACGUACACUUUUUCUAGUUUUUUUUUUUAAAUAAGGGUUUAAACGUACUUCUAGUGGUGUCCUCUGCCAUGCUAAAUGUGACAUGUGCAAAUCAAAACAUUAUAAAGCCACACUAACAGUGAAAUUUUUAACUCGAUAGCUGGAAAACAUUAUUUUACAUUAGCUGCGUAACUUUUAAGAUGUUUUUCUGUGAAACUGUACUUCGCUUAUAUCAGCUUAUGGCUUUCCACUACAGAUUUUCAAAAAUUUAGUUUAUUAGUUAUUUUUAUUUUGCUGUGAAAUGACCUGUUACCAUUUUGUCAGUCAUUUAUUUUUUGUAGUAUACGACAGCUUGUUUUAGAAAUUUAACUUCAACCUUUCUUUUGUCUUGUGUGAUUUCGUUGUCAGUGUUAUAUGCAGUGAACAGAUUCACUCCCCUUUGUCAUGCCACAUUUAGACGGCCAUGCUUUUAGGGCAUUCUCAAAACGCAUUGGCUCGUACGCUAUUUGAUUUUUAGCAUGUCUGUGGCCAUCAAUAAGUGGACUUCUCUGUAUAUUUCUACAGUUCCGCAUGCAUCUCUAACCCUCGUCCCCAAUUCAUAUCCGUGACACCCAGUAGUAUAAUAAUUUCCCCAAACAGAACAUUCAGUGUUACAUCUAUUAAUAUAUGUGAUAUUACAUAAGUCCUAUUAUUUGGUCCGUACUAAUAUUUUAACAUGAUGGAAUGAUCUGAUUAAUAUGUUGGAAGACUCCAGUUGGUGUGAGCAAACCUUCAUUGCAAGCUCGGUUGGCCUGUAGAUGUAGGUUCGCUGUCAACCAUUAAAGCUUUUAGCACACUUUUGCUUCUAUGACAGUCUGUGGGUUCUCAAUGUCAGCCUUACUCUGGAUGAGUUGCAGUUCCAUAAGCGCAAAACCAGGGUCACCAGAUUCACUUCUUUCUGUGCGAGGCAAAAGAAAAGAGAUUCCUUUAGGCAGAAAACAUUUGUCUUACGCCUGGCAACAAUUCCCAUUUUUCUUGAUGACGUCCAGUCUUCACUCCAGAAAUAAUAUGCGUGUCACUGAACUCCACAUAUUUCCAUGAAACUUAGUCACUGUGCUGCAUUUUUUUUAAAAUAUAAUUUACAGUCUUCAACUAAUAUUGUGGCCAUGCAAACUGUGAGGUUGGAAUAAAACUAUUUCCAUUCGGUGUAAAGGUUGCCUGCACACAAUGAUGCAAAAGUAUAUAAGACACUUGGAGGUGAAGCUGAACGCUGCAACCAGGGUAAGAGUCCUCAGUACCCAUUGGGUAGAAGGCUGCAUAGGCCACAGAACCAAUCUUUGUGUGCUAAAGAUAGGAACAACCUGCCUCUGCUCUGGCCUAUAGUCAGUCCUUUCAUUGAUGCUGAUACUAGUUCACCGUUCGGUGUGCAAUACAGAAAUUUUUUGUAAUGAUAGGUCUAAAGAAACAUCUGACCAUUAUUAAUAUGGCAAACAGCAUGGUAAAUAUUUAUUAUAUAGAUUUACUUCAGUAAUAAAUUAUAAACAAUUAUGCCCAGGUAAUGAGUGAAUGGAUAUAGGGUCUGGCUUGAAUUAAUUUUUGGUCAGGACAAAGUCCCAUGGCUGGCAAUUGUAAAAUUGAAACAAUAUUUGGGUUUUAUAAAAAAGUGGGGUCUAAAUUACUGACUUUUUGGACUUUAUCCGUCCUCUGGUACUCUAAAAAAACGUACCUUUGGCGUAAUGGAGAGUUCUUUCGAGAACGGUUUGAAGGGUGGCUAUCACUUUUUCAAGUGAUAGUUUCAGUUGGUUGUUGGUAUGCCACAUCCACGCAAGCAACAAGGCGGCAAACAGAUCGCCCGUUCCGGUGAAUGUACCCGGUAGCUUCGGAAUACGGAUGGUGAGUUCUGUCCUCUUGUCACCUGCUCAGCAGUUUAAGAAUACUUUUAUGUUGGAGUGCUGGCUAAAGAAUGCGGAAAGGAGAAUCUAGGACAUUUUUUGGAUCCUACAACAACAGAAUGUCAAAUACUUAACAAAUAUUUCAGCUACAUCUGGUAUUUCAACUGCUGAAAUUUAAAGUUUGUAAAUUGUGUUCCUCCUUGAGAAGACAUUUCUUGGAUGCAAAAUCUUGUAUAAUCACCUGUGAGACCAAAAUAGAAAACUGGUCUAAUGGUGGUUAGUAUGAGUCAUCACCCUGAUGAUGUAAGCAUCAAGCACCUUUCAAACGCCAUUAAACUUUUACUAGACUACAUGGUGCUACAACCCAGAUGACAGCUAUCUUCAGCUGCAGACUAAACCAUCUCUAGAAUUAUUACUUUGUUCAAACCAUUUUCUUGGCUGGGAAAACAAACGGUAUUUUUUCUAUGACACACGUACAAAACAAUUAUGAAAAUUUACCACUUCUGCUGCUUGCCAAUGCCAGAAGAUUUUGAUCAUCACCCAAGUCUGUAGAUGAAAGCACUAUAGUACGACAACCUUUCUUGUGGAAAUGUUCGACAGCUGCCCAUGCGUCAUCAGCUGAUUUAAUCUCCUUCCCAGAUAACAAUCUGAAACAACAGUUCUUGAAUUUAAACUUUGUAUCACUGUGUUAAAGGGAGCCUUGGAGGUAUAGAGAGGGAGUGAAGGUAUAGGUCCAUGUAUUCUUGAUCUCUUUAGUGGUAAAUAUCAUGAUGCCCUGGCCACUUCAUCCCCAGAGGACAAUGCCCCUGAAUCCCGGUGUUCCAGCGUGCAGCCAGUAACUUCACUCGCUAAACUGUCGUGGCAUGCGUAACAUUUCUCAAACUGUGCUAGCCACCUAAGCAAUAAAUUGCUAUUCAGCUUUGAGGAUUACUGUGUGCAUUACGUAUUUCGUUUCAAGGGGACAACAAAGUACAGUACUUACACCAGCUUGACGUGUGAUUGGUAGAUUGUAGUAUGAGUGUUUGAACUGGAUUUGUGCUGCUCGGGACCAGUGUCACGAUUGUGAACACAUUAAUUAGUCUUCAGAUUCUAAAAGGCAUAGAAUUUCUUGACCAACUGUGCAACUAUCAGCAUCUCAAGAAAAACACUCGUCUGUGGAGUUUGUGGAUUCAAUGUUGCUUUAUGAAAGUCCACCACAAUUAAUAAUCAUAUGAAAUUAAAACAAUACUACUGAUGAUAUAAAAUCUCCCUAGUUCAGACCUCGUAAAUCAUAACAUUGCUUUAUUCGGUCUAUUCUAGUUCUCCGUCAAACAUUAUUUUUCUCCCAAAGGUGUUUUAAUUGUGAAUAAUGGCCUGUAAUAGAACUUCAGGCCUUGGAUAUUCAAGGUACAUUUAAGGUUAUGUGCUCUACUGCAGUGUUUCAAUAAAUAAUAUAAUUUGUCUUGCUAAACCAAUACUCAACAAAUCUGGAAUUCACAUCUCUACAUAUAAUAAGGAUUAGUGAUAUAAUAGUAACAUUCACAGACUGUGGACAUUAUUAAAAUAAUUCUGUGUCACUACCAUUGUACUUACUCAGCUUCAAACUGAUUAGGUGUAAUGAUAUCUGCCAGAGGCAGAAUAGUGUCCUUGUAUAUUUCCAGCAGUUCCUUUGGCACAUACAUCUUGCCAUUGUCUCCCAUUACAGGAUCACACACUAUAGAGAAAUUGGUAACUUGUAUCCACUUUUACAUACAUAAAGAUAUUAUUAUUAUUAAGUUAUUAAAAGCACUUUGCCAUUAGUAUUGUGGAGUUUGAGGUUCGAAAGGAUUGGACAGUUUUAAUGCCACUAGUAGAUAUGUUUAAAACAUUUAAAUUACAAUUAAUAUUUUGGAGCAUUUGAAUGUGUUCUUGUAUAUGGUUACCAAUGUUCCAGAGUAUUGUAUCACUUUCAUGAUCAGGAUUGAAGUAAGAAAUUGAAGAAGUUUGUAGUCAUUUCAGCCUUGAAGAUGGAAGUGAUAAGUUCUUUUGAAACAUUAUCUUUGCCAUUUUCCAUUUCUUCCCUGCAGAUGUCAUCAUCAGCAGAAAUAUGUCUAAGCUGAGGGACUAGCCUCUUAGUGACAAUGUACGUUGGAAGUAGAAUAGUCUCUGAUUCUUGUGCGUAUCCGUACACUGACAAUCCAGAAAGCAAGAGCACUUAAUUUUGAUUUUAAAAACAUUCAGGAACAGGGCGUCAAGAUAUUGCUGUCUGGAAUGAAGUGUAGAACAAUUCAGUCCAGCAGAUAUGUAAGUAAAGUUAAUAUUGGUUUUAUUACAAAUAAUUUUAAUCAACUGUUCCAGACUUAAGGUUCAUUUCAUUAUCCAAACCAAUUUUGCAUAGAUCUAAGAAUUAAAAAAGAUGUUAAGAUACCAGCUGCACUACUGUUAACCUUUCUUAAAUACUGGGAUGACAGCAUUGUGUUUCUGUGAGGAAGGUCUCAGAUGUCAAAACACUCCUUACUUACCUACAUAGUUUUAAGAAGUUUACAGCCUUGCUGGCUUCAGCCACAUAAAGAGGAACUAUUGAUAAAAAGUCUGACAUGACAGUCACACAAGAUUUGUUAAAGAUUUAAAAUUACUGGAAAAAGCAUCAACAGUAUUUUUCAGUUCUAUAACAGACUGGUUUUACUGCUAACAAAUUAACCACUUCACCGUGUCUUUUUGAGACACUUUUAUAUUUUAUAGAUAAUUUAUUUUUAAACAUGUUAUUACCUAUAGGAUCUUUUGUAUUUUCAUGGCAGGCUAAAGAGCACAGUUCAGCUUGUGUUUAUUGAAACCACAGUACUCUUAAGCCCCAAUUUAAUAUAAAGCCUUGACCUUGCGAACCAUGGAACAUAACCUGUGUUCCUGACAAGUGACUGCAAUUAGUGACACACAAAUACAUUCUUACCAUACACAAGAUCUGGAUUGACCUGGCGCAGCUGUUUUACCACUUGCACAAUAUAUUUCAGGAAGCCUGUUGAUCCUAUGUAGCCUGUUAGUAGAUGUGUGUAAUAGUCCAAUCCGUUGUGACGUAAUCCAUCCAUAAGGCCUUCUAUAUCAUGGAAUAAAAUAUAACUGGGUUAUCUAAACAAAAUAUUUAGUCCUAAAAUAAUUUGUAUCGUCAUGCAAUGCACUGCAGUGUAAAGGGCAUAUGUGGAAAAAUAAGCAGAUGAAAUCCUGUACAUUUAACUAGAUCUGUGGAUGUAAAAAUUAACUGUAAUUUGAUACUGUCAACUUAUACAACAAAUACCACAAAGUGUACCAAACUCUUUCUGUGCGAAAAAUUAUUUACACAGUACUUCAUCAUUGUAACAGAAAUGGAAAAUUCAUAUCUAUCGAUACCACAGUACUGAAUAAUAUGGAGCAAGACCAAACUUAUGUCUGCAAAAACACCUGUAAAUAAUGUGAUUACUGAAAUAAAUAUUUUAAAUUAUUUUAUAUUUA